AUGAGCUCCUUUGAAGGUGCCCGCUUUCUAGACCUAUGCGAACAGUACCGCAUUACCUGGGCACUUUUGUAUACUCCUCAAAUGUCUCCCAUAGUCAAUUCUCCUGCCAUUAGUGUGAAGAAGCUGCAAAGCUUGCGUCAACUUCUAUUCGUUGGCGCUUGUGCCCAAGUCUUAGUUCUGCAAAAGUUGCAGUCACACCUGCCUAAAGGUGCAGUGCUGCAACUGCUAUAUGGUAUGACUGAGCUGGGCAGCAGCGUCGCUAAUAACAACAGUGUCCAACUCAGGCCUAGCUCAGUGGGCGAGCUCUACGCCAACAUUCGUAUGCGUGUGGUUGACGAUAAGGGUAAUUUACUUGGACUCAAUUCCACUGGAGAGUUAUACUGUCAUACGGGUGACACCUGGCGAGGCUAUUUUAACGAUCCAACUUCCAGUGCUCAGCUGCAGGACUCUAAGGGCUGGAUUCACACAGGCGACCUUGGUUAUUUCGAUGACAAUAACCAGCUUUAUAUAGUGGGACGUAAAAAGGAAAUGCUUCGCUAUAAUGGCUUCAUGUAUUAUCCGCAGGAAAUUGAACAAGUUAUACUUCAAAUGACUGAAGUGGCAGAGGUUUGUGUAUUUGGCAUUUGGCUUGAAACCACUGAGGACGCAGCAGCAGCAAUAGUCUGUGCUCAACCAAAUUCCAAGCUAACCUCUGCGCAGGUUGUCGACUUUGUAAGGGAGCACAUACGAGUGGAAUACAAGCAACUUAAUGCAGGCGUCCUCAUUGUUGAUCGUAUACCGCGAGCGCAAAAUGGAAAAGUGCAGCGGACCGAAGCAAAGAAAAUCUUUUUAAAAGAAAUGUGUAAGAAUGAGAGUGACAGCGAAUUCAAGGAUACUUUUAUGUCCAGUGGGCUCACUGCAGGAUUAACACCGCAGGGUUAA